UAUUGAAACGGGCGUAUCCUAUGUAAUGGCGUGAGUAAAGCUCGAAGUACUGUACUGACUUCUCGCCACAGUUACGAGACCUCCGGAUACUUUCGAUUUUGUAUUUCCCAAGUUAUGGAUGGAUAGCCUUCAAGUUGUUGAUCAACUAUGCUAGAGGAAAUAUAAUGACCUGUAGUUGUUAUCGGGAAGAAGACAGGAUCUUUGGAAAACAUUGGUAUUCCUGUAGUUUAUGUUAACGUUACCUCUCCAAAAGUACAGGAGAUGGAUUUCCAAAGGCGGCUAUUGCAGGUGGAACAAGCCCUGAGCAGUGAAGAAGUACAAUCGCUUGCAUUUCUUUGCAAAGAUUUACUGGAGAAAGACCUGAGCUCAGUGACCACAGCAAGUAAACUCUUCUCUCUUCUGAUGGACCAACAACUGUUAUCCCCUGAUCAACCUUACUUGCUUGCUGACCUACUACUCACCAUCCAGCAGCAAUGCUUGAUGCGAGGCCUUGGCCUCAACAACCAGCUAUCAACAACCAGUAGCCUCAUCUCACCUUAUAGAAAAAUGCUGUAUAACCUGUCAGAGAACAUCACUAAAGAUGAAUUGAGGGAGAUCAAGUUCUUGUUGUUGAAUGAACUCCCUCGUAGAAAACUGGAGGACAACGUGACUACCUUGCAAGUAUUCCUGGAAAUGGAGAAAAUGGAUAUUUUGAGCAUCAAUAAACUAAACAUUCUUGAAAGCAUUUUUGAAAGUGUCUCCCCCAUGUUGAAAACAACAAUCAAUAAGUAUAAGACACAGUAUUCCUUACCUGGGCCAGUAACUCAAGAGACAGGGGUGGGACAGUUAAGACCAAGGUCUGUGUCUGAAGCUUGUCCACAAAUCCAGGCUGCCUCCAUGCGUCCAAAGAGGCCUGUCUCUUGUGAACUAUCAGUUGAACAGUAUGGCCAUUCUGACGAGACUCUCAUUCCUGACAACUUCUUAAGUUCACAGCCUUCAGCCAAGGUAUCUUCUGUAAAUCGAUCUGACACCUCUCUGGAUGUUUGGAGUGUCUCACAUAGGCUGAGUCUCCUAAGUACCAAUGGGGACAACUGUGCUGCUCUCAGCAAAGAUAAUCACCAUGUUUCAUCCACAUCCUCAUGUGGAGACAAUAAGAACUUUGGCCCAGCAGAUCCUCAGACAGGAAACACCAAACGAGAGGAACUGGGAGACUAUUCUAUGACAGGAAAAAAGAGAGGUUUCUGUCUAAUCAUUAACAACCAAGACUUUAGAAAUUCCUCUCAACAGUUGAAAGAAAGAGAGGGAACACACAUUGAUGAAAAAAGUUUGGUGAGUGUGUUUGAGUGGCUGGGCUUUGAGACACAGACUGAGCCAGACUGCAGUCGGGAGAAGAUACUGUCUUUAGUUGUGGAGCUGAGCAACCGGGAUCACAGCCAGAUGGACUGCCUGGUGUGCUGCGUUCUGAGCCACGGCCAGCAGGGAUGUGUUUACGGGGUGGACGGGCAAAAGGUCAGUGUCAGGGAGCUCACAGGGCCCUUCUCUGGACUGAAGUGCAGCUCACUGAGGGACAAGCCCAAGCUGUUCUUCAUCCAGGCCUGUCAGGGCACCAAGGAACAAAAGCCAGUGUUCAUCCAGUCUGAUGGCCCAGGACCAAGCUCUACUACCACCAGUUCUAUCUGCACGGAUGCAGUGGUACUCAAAGACUCCAUUCCCAAUGAUGCUGACUUCCUUCUGGGCAUGGCCACUGUGCCUCACUUUGCCUCUUUCAGAGACAAGAGGCAGGGCACUUGGUUCAUCCAGUCGUUGUGCCAGAACCUCAUCAAAUUGGUGCCCAGUGGGUAUGACUUGUUGUCCAUCCUGACCAAGGUGAACGAUGAUGUCAGCAGGAUGACCGAUCCCUAUGGCACUAAGAAGCAGAUGCCCCAGCCUGCAUACUCACUCAGAAAGAGGGUGGUCUUUCCCAUCCCCAAAGAACCACCUCCCAGACUAUGUGAGCCACAAGUAUUGGCUAGAGACCACUAGAGCAGAUUUCUUUAAUGGUCUUCUCCUUUCCCAUCUAUUCAGGGACUGAUUCAGAAAUUAGCUGAGUGGACUCUCACCAUCAAUAUUAAUCAAUGGGGAAAAUACUAGUACUUGAAUACCACUGCCCUAGACUGAGACUGUCUCCACACUACAUUGCACCCUCUGGGAUCCCUUAAGUAUAAACUGCAGUGUUUUUCCAAAACUGAAAGUUAACUGUUUUUACACCUCGCUGUGAAAUAUAUAAAAAAUGAAAUUCAGAAUAAAUAUAUCCAAAGAACUGUAAAUAGAAGGUUUUAGGAAAUGUUUUUAAAGGGUAUUUUUUUAUGUUGUAGAGGAGAAGCAACAACACCUUAAUAUGCAACUUCUUUCACCUGUUUUCUUCUAAAUUGUCAAUUUCUUAUUCCUUUGCACAUUGACUUCCUAAAUCAAUACAAAUAAAAUGUUCAAUCAAUAUUGAUCAUUUUGUUGUUGCUGCUGUUUCAAUACACCACAGUGUACUCCUUGACACAACAUGGCAUGUCAUACAACACAUUUAAGACUCAUUCUAUGACAGAAGAAUAAAAGAGACGUUCAAACAUG